UUUUUUUUUUUUUUUCCACAAUCAUCGCCCGCCCUCUGAACCACGAGGUCUUCGUUAGUCAGAGCUCCGUGCUUGUUAGCGUGUUUUGUUAGUCUUUUACCGUCUUUUAAGAAUGACCAAGCCUAAGACCAGGGGAACUUGCCCUCUUUGCAAAAAAAACCUCGACUUUGUUGCAAAGCACCUUCGUGAGCAACACAAAUUGAAUAACAAGGAUGAGAGGAGUAUUUUAAACAAAUUGGCACUCAAUCGGAUCAAACUAAGUGGGGGCAAAUGUCCAGUUGUCGAGUGCCACAAAAUGGUGGUUGAUUUACAGCGCCACGUUUUCUCCCACGUCGAUGUGGACCCGCACAGGCUCCGAGGCUUGAUUCAGCAUCUUAAAAUAAAUGAGGCCGUAAAGCAACUGGCACAACUGCGCUCUUCCAGUCCCCUGCCGCCCAUGUCCAGCCGGCUAGAUUUGAAUGAUCUGAAUGAGGCUGCUGAGGAGGAGGAGGAGGAGGAGGAGGAGGAGGUGGACAUUCCGUCCAGCGGUUGUCUGGACUGUGCCGCCCAUCUGUCCACCAUAAGAUCAUUGGACAAGCAAGUCUCUGAGCUGAAGGCGACUGUGACCGGGAUGAAGUUAGAGCUUCUGGAGUCGAGGACCGACGUGCGCCGUUCUCGGAGAUCAGUGGGAGGGGAGUCGGAGUCUGGUGUUCAGGAAGAGCGUGAAGACCCAGAUGAUGCUGCUGCUGAUGAUGAUGAGGAGCUCCAGGGCGAGGCGGCUCCAGACAACAAGACCCAGGAUGACGAGGCUGAGUAUGAGGAUUGGGAGGAAGAGCCCCACGAUGAGUGGGAGGCCACAGAUCCCGGCAGGCCGCGGGAUUCCAGCGAUGAUGAGGGUCACCCCAAUGAGACAGAAAAACAGCGUCUUGACCGUAAAGCAAAAAAAUUGUUUGGAAGGAAGAACAGUAGAAAGCGAGCAAUGAAACUCAAAUUCUCCGAGUCCAUCGAGGCCUACAUUGAGGAAUAUGCGAAACAUAUUUUCCCGCAGAAGGGGUCGAGGAAAAUGAAGGAAAAUGCUAUCACGCACGUGAGCCGAAUCAAGUUUUUCCUGUCCUAUAUGAUUAAGGGAUGGCAGUCGGAGAAUAUGUGGGACUGGCGGUUCCUUGACAAUGGGCCCCACUUACAGAAAUUCCCCGAGUUGUUGCAUGCCAGGGACCUGAAAAUCUCGACAGCAAUGAAGUUCAUGACGCAGGUGCAACAAUUUAUCAAGCACCUGGGGAAACACCGACCAUCGUUCAUGCGCGUGAAAAGGGACCGCCUAUCCCUGGUGCAGGAGCAGAUGAAGAAGCUGCUGCGGGAAAUCAGCCGCCCGGUGGUCAAGCACCAGACUGAGGUCAAGCGGCACAAAAUGGCCAACCGGGUGAGCACUAAGGACCUGCUGGCCUGCCGCCAACUGUCUGCGGCCAAGAUCCCCGUGCUGCUAGGAAAUAUGGAAAAGCAAAACCCGAAAAACUCAAAGCUCCGUUUCCAGUUCUUCGGGUACCUGGCCGCCUACCUCACUGCCCUCUACGGCCACCGCUCCGGUGUCCUGGUCAAUAUGACGGUCACUGAGGUGGACAAUGCCAAGGGCAACCCGGAGGAGGGCUACCUUAUUGACGUAAUGGAACACAAGACACUAAGGACGCACGGCACUGCACAGAUUUUCCUGAACGCAAAAGAGUUCUCUUGGUUCGAACGGUGGGGUCGGGUGCGGCGCAAGGCCAACCCGCCUAACAACUUCUUCCUGGCUAACAAUGGCAGCGGUGCCUUGACGGGCCUUGUCAGGCAUUUCCGCGCCGCUUGGAAGGACAUGGGCCUCUCCCUCAGGCCAAGCUUAAUGGACCUCAGGAGCGCCCUGGCCACCUGCAACUUUGAGAAGAACCCCGAGGCUGUACAGAAGCAAAUCAGCUCUUCCAUGUGCCACAGCCAUAAGACGCAGGCCGAAUUCUAUGCACUCCAUAAACAAGUCGGGUGGAACCGGAAGAUGCGCAAGAUCUUCGACAAACUCGUGGAACCGCAGAAGGAGGGUGAGAUGCCGCUGCCCUUCCUCCCUCGGGCGAAAAAGGACAAAAAAGAGAAGAAGGAAGCGAAGGGCUCAGACGGGGACAAGGAAAAAAAGAAGAAGAAGAAGGAGAAGGCAGAGGAGGGCUCAGACGGGGACAAGGAAAAGAAGAAGAAGAAGAAGAAGAAGAAGGCAGAGAAGGGCUCAGACGGGGACAAGGAAAAAAAGAAAAAGAAGAAGAAGGCAGAGAAGGGCUCAGACGGGGACAAGGGAAAAAAGAAGAAGGCAGAGAAUGGCUCAGACGGGGACAAGGAAAAAAAGAAGAAGAAGAAGAAGAAGAAGGAGAAGGAUAGGAAGGAAAGGAAAGAGAGGAAGGAGAGGAAGGAUGGGAAGGCGAUGGAGUACGAGGCGAUGGAGUACGAGGCGGUGGAGUACGAGGCGAUGGAGCAGGAGGAUGAGGCGAUGGAAAAGGAGCCUGAGGUGAUGGAAAAGGAGCCUGAGGUGAUGGAAAAGGAGCCUGAGGUGAUGGAAAAGGAGCCUGAGGUGAUGGAAAAGGAGCCUGAGGCGAUGGAGCAGGAGGAGAAAGAAUGGGAGAAGGAGGAGGUGAGGGAUGAGGAUAAGGGUCUCACUGAGGCCAAAAAUAAGAAGAAGAAGAGAAAACGGGAGAAGGAGGAGGAGGAUAAGGGUAUCACUGAGGGCAAAAAUAAUAAUAAGAAGGACAAAGAAAGGGAGGAGGAGGAGGAGGAGGAUGAUGAUAAGGCUCUCACUGAGGCAAAAAAAAAGAAGUGUGAGGAGGAGGAGGAGGAGGAGGAGGAGGAGGAGGAGGAUCCGUUGGAGCCUAAGGAGAAGAGGCUGGCGCAGCAGACUGCAGAGGAUGUGGCGGGGGAGACAGCGGAGGUGGCGGACGACGAAUACAAAAAGAAGAAGAAGAAGAAGAAGAAGGAGAAGGAUAGGAAGGAAAGGAAAGAGAGGAAGGAGAGGAAGGAUGGGAAGGCGAUGGAGUACGAGGCGAUGGAGUACGAGGCGAUGGAGUACGAGGCGAUGGAGCAGGAGGAUGAGGCGAUGGAAAAGGAGCCUGAGGUGAUGGAAAAGGAGCCUGAGGUGAUGGAAAAGGAGCCUGAGGUGAUGGAAAAGGAGCCUGAGGUGAUGGAAAAGGAGCCUGAGGCGAUGGAAAAGGAGCCUGAGGUGAUGGAAAAUGAGCCUGAGGUGAUGGAAAAGGAGCCUGAGGUGAUGGAAAAGGAGCCUGAGGCGAUGGAGCAGGAGGAGAAAGAAUGGGAGAAGGAGGAGGUGAGGGAUGAGGAUAAGGGUCUCACUGAGGCCAAAAAUAAGAAGAAGAAGGACAAAGAAAGGGAGGAGGAGGAGGAGGAGGAUGAUGAUAAGGCUCUCACUGAGGCAAAAAAAAAGAAGUGUGAGGAGGAGGAGGAGGAGGAGGAGGAGGAGGAGGAGGAGGAGGAGGAGGAUCCGUUGGAGCCUAAGGAGAAGAGGCUGGCGCAGCAGACUGCAGAGGAUGUGGCGGGGGAGACAGCGGAGGUGGCGGACGACGAAUACAAGCCGAAAAAGGAGAAGACUAAACACACUAAGGGCACACGCAAGGUCUACUUCUGGUUCCCCCCGGAAGAUCUCGGGCCUCAUUUGGAUGACACAAUCCCGAUUAACCGGCCCGAGCCCCAGCCGGAACCCGACGGUGCCAUCGCCAGCACCAGCUCCGCCUUCGUGGACCUCGUCCCCCUCACUGCGACGUCCUUCCACAGUGGCAGCAGCUCCUCCGCCUUGACCAAGAAGGGGGAAAAACCAAAAGGGAAGACCCGAGGAAGAAGAAAAUCUGCACGCUCCAGAAACCUGAAGAAAUUGCGACAGCAGUCGAUGAGCCCCUCCAAAGUGCACUUUUUCUGCUCGCCGAAAAAAAACCAAGCAUCAGGUAACACCGUAACCUCAGCCCAAACAAAUCUUUUGGCUGCUCUUCAGUUUUGUAAAUAGUUUUCAUCUGCGUGUGCUGUGACGUUUUUAAAUUGUUCUACAUUUCCUAAGGUUUGCUGCGUGUUUUUUUUUUUUUUUUUUUUUUUUUUUUUACUACUUAAGCUAUUUAUACUACUUAAGCUAUUUAAAACGUUUGCUGUGCUUUAAACUUUGUAAGCUGUGCUUUAAACUUUGUAAGCUGUGCUUUAAACUUUGUAAGCUGUGCUUUAAACUUUGUAAGCUGUGCUUUAAACUUUGUAAACUAUUUGAAAUGUUCGCUGCGUUUUUGACUUGCCUCUUUAAAACGUUUGCUGUGAUUGCCCAGUGGGGUGUCCUUUUCAUUUUAUCUCUUUUUUACAGAUUUGUGCGUGUAUUUUUGUGUGUUUUACAUCCACAGUGCCUUACUUGAAGUGCACUUUAUUUUGUGAAACAUGUUUACAAAGUGUGUUGAUUGCUGUGCACUUUAUUUUCUAAAAUAAAUAUAUUUCCUGGGAAGA